AUGGUGGCUAUAGCUACACAAGGAAGAAUAGUACCUAGGGCACAAGAAUUAACUAGUAAUAAAUUAGGGAAAGCUAAAUUAGUUAAAGAAGUACCAUCUGGUACCAUGGGAGAUAAAAUGAUCAUUAUUCAAGGUUGCCAGGAUUCACGUGCUGUAACCUUGGUAUUGUACGGUGGUACCCAGAUGUUAGUAGCAGAGGCAGAGAGAUCUGUACAUGAUGCAUUAUGCGUAGUUAGUGCAUUAGUACGUGAUGGUAGGGUAAUAGCAGGAGGAGGAGCAGCAGAAAUAGCAGCAGCAAGAGCAGUAGAGGAGAAAGCAGAUAAAAAUGUUUCCUCUGUUAGUCAAUAUGCUGCUAGGGCAUUUGCUGAUGCAUUACUUGGAUUACCUGAGGCACUUGCUGCUAAUUCAGGACUUAGUCCUAUUCAUGAGGUACAAAGGAUAAAGGCUAUGCAACAAGAACAUAAUUGUCCUUAUUAUGGCAUCGAUUGCAUGCAAACGGGAACGAAUGAUAUGCGUCAGCAGCAAGUGUGGGAACCCUUGGCUUCUAAGAAGCAGCAAAUUCUCCUCGCUACCCAGGUGGUUAAGAUGAUUCUUAAGAUUGACGACGUCAUCUGCCCUAACGAGGAGUGA